ACACCUGCUUGAAGCAAGGAACAAUACCCUAUCGCCAAGAGGCCAUAUAAGUAACACUGGUUCGCUCGCUACUUGCGUAUGGAAUCAUUAUCAAACUUGAUUACCAGUAUAUAAUUCACUCGCUUCAAGAUGGCGACUAGAGCUCCCAUGUUGGCUCCGGUCAACGAGACGACCCACUCCGUCAGCAGAGUUACGCGGGAGGGCAAGAAGCUCACAUAUAAGCUCGCUGUCAUGCAACAGCCCGAGCGUGCUAGAGCUUGCGACGCGGGCGCCAAAUCAUCGGCCGAUCGUCGACCUGUUGAUCCUCCGCCCGUGGUCGAAUUGCGCAUUUUCGAAUCCGACCCCAACGAUGACAUGCACCAGACCGACAUCACCUUCGCCUACAACGCCAAUUUCUUCCUGUUUGCGACCCUCGAUACUGCUCGCCCUAUCGCUCACGGCAGAGUCCCCGCCAUCCCAUCCUGUCCGGUCUUGACGGGUGUACCUGUCGCCGGUGUGGCGUAUCUGGAUCGCCCAACCCAGGCCGGUUACUUCAUCUUCCCCGAUCUGUCCGUGCGUCACGAAGGUCGAUACCGGUUGAACUUCAACUUGUACGAAGAGAUCAAGGACCCCAAGGAUGCCGACAAGGAUACCCCAAUGCAGAACACUAUGGCCCGCUCGCCCUUGUCCAAGCCGACCGCUCCCCAGUCGUCCCUCAAUUUCCGCCUCGAAGUCAAAUCUGCUCCAUUCAGUGUCUACAGCGCCAAGAAGUUCCCUGGUCUGUCAACAAGCACCGCCCUGAGUCGUGUCAUUGCCGAGCAAGGUUGCCGUGUCCGUAUUAGACGUGAUGUCCGCAUGAGACGCCGCGGAGACAAGCGAACGGAGGAUUACGAGUUUGAUGAAGAGAGGGUUUACGCUCGAUCGUCCGACAAGUACCAGACGCCCGACGCCCAUGUUACAACUCCCUUUGAACGCCCCCGAUCAACUAGUACCAGCACUAUCGACCCUCAAUAUGCCUACGGUCCGGAUGCUCAGCGACGUCCCUCUGCUACCGACUAUGGUUUCCCCGCCCCGCCGCCAUACCAAAGAACUAUUCCUCCGGGUCCUCCGGGUCCUGCUCCUCCCACGCCAUCGCACGCCCAGGCCUAUAAUUCUCAUUUAACAUUCACCGCGACCCAGUCUCAGUCUCAGUACCAGGCUCCUCCGCUGCCCCCGACCCAACAAGUUGCCAACCCUCCCAGCGCAUACUCUCCUCACAUCUCUCAUGUCCACACAAGGAGUUCGUCAAAUGCUACAGAGUACGAGCCUGCUCCCUCUGGACACCCUUACUCCCAGCCACGGCCAACCGAACGUCCUGGAUUCUCCGACAGACCCGGCUUCUUCGACGGAACCGCUCUGCCUCCUCUUCGUCUAGACCUCCCCAAGACUAUGGGCAUGCAACCACCUGUUGAGCGACGCUCUUCCAACCCAACCGAGUACCAAUCCAUGGCCCAAUCUGCUGCUCCUCGCUCCCAAACUCCUGUCACAUCGCUUCCAUCGUUCAAAUCUCUCUCUGGCGGAUUUCCCCAAAACAACUACCGUCAACCAUCCGCCAGCCUCCCGAGCCCGGGCCCAGUCCACGAGCAUGGAGAAAAGCGUUUAUACGAUACUGGUCCCUCGCUUGCCAAGCGUUCCCACGGCGAAUCGUUUGGUCUUGACGAUCGCCCACUUCGCAAUGGCAUGCGACCCGAUACGGAGUCGUAUCCUGGUAAUCCCAAGAUUUCCGAUGCUCAAGCAGAAUUUUACAACGAUACCUUUCCGGAUGAAAUGGCAUACAAGCGCGCAAACGGGAGAAUGGCGAGGAAGGCGCCCCCAAAGCUGCAGUAAUGUGCCUAAAAGUUAUUAUAUAGGACGGUGUCUUUGGCGCAAGCUCGUCGGUUGGAUUGGUCUAAUCCCCCACCCUCUCUUUUUUCUUCUUCUUUCGGAUGGUUUUGCUUUCUAUAUGGUACUCCGGUCCAUGGACUUGAGGAGUUUUUUAUGAACCCCGGUUGACGUUUUAUACCACCUUUUUUUUUUUUUUUUUUUUCUUGUUUUUCUCUUCUGUAUACAAUUUUUUUCUUUUACUUGUUCCCUAAAUAUUCUUGCCUUCCGUCCAGGAUGCGUUUUCUUUGCCUAUUAUGUUCAACU